CUAGUCUCUUCCCUCCUGCUGAAAAUGGCGGCCAAACUUGGAAGACUUGCUGUGAACAACACUGCGUUUUUGUUGUGUGAUAUGCAGGAGAAGUUCCGACCGUCUAUUAGAUACUUUCCUGAGAUCAUCAAAGUUGCACAAAGAAUGACUGCAGCAGCCAAUAUCUUGAAAAUACCAGUCAUUGCAACUGAACAGUAUCCAAAAGGUCUUGGCAGCACAGUCGAGGAAAUUGAUACAAGCUUUUUCAAAGAACGAAUAUAUCCCAAGACAAAGUUUUCCAUGGUUAUUCCUGAGGUAGAAGAACAGCUGAAGCAGCUAAAAGUUGAAAAUGUGGUUUUGAUGGGAAUUGAGACCCAAGUAUGUGUGUUACAAACAACCAUGGAUCUGUUGGAAAGGAAUUAUACUGUCCAUGUGCUGGCUGAUGGUGUCUCAUCCCGUACUAUGGUCGAGAGAAUGUUUGCACUUGAGCGUAUCCGUAAAAUUGGUGCUUUUGUUACCACUAGUGAAUGCACUCUGUUCAUGCUCAUGGGUGAUUCUAAACACCCCAACUUUAAAGAGGUCCAAGCUUUGGUGAAGACAGCAGCCCCAGAUAGUGGUUUACUGUCCAAAUGCUGAUGAAAGAUCAAAAACUGGAUGCUGUGACACUGAACUGAACUGUUGGGGAAGAAAUGUGAUUGCAGAUGUAGUGCCACAUUCAAAUGCUUAACUGACAUGAACUUUACUACAUACAGUCUUGCAUGGUAUGCAUGGAACAGUCCACAUGUUUAAUUUUUCAGCCCGUAAGAUUCUAGUAACGUGAUGGAAUGGACCUUUUUACCGAUGUCAUGCAAUAUCAACAAUUUUCAUAUUUUUCAUACAAACAAAAACACACCUCCAUAGAUCAUUUUAACAUGCCAAAUGUAGUAAAUGUGCAAAGUUUCAUAAGAAUCUGUUGUAAACUCAUGAAAAUAUGGGACUCCAAACUUGCUAUUUUUUUUUUUUACAAAGAAAUUUAAUAUGCCCCCUUGGAAACAUUUCUAAAUUGGAAACAUUGGCAAGGUUGGGGUCCUAUAUUUUCACGAGCUCGUUUGGAACAGAUUUAAAUUGCAACAUUGGUAAAAAGGUCAAUCGCUGAUGGAACAACUUAAACAUAUAGUUUCCAUGUAAUAAUUGUAGGAGUAAAAGAAUAUUGUUUGAUGGUUGUAAACUUGGGUGAGUAAAUGAAUGAGUGAGGAAGCAAGGAAGCCAGCGGGUCGGCAGGUCUAUACAUAGGAAAGCAAAUGAAUGGUGGUUGAUUAAGCCAGCAGGAGAGCAGGUCAAUUCAUGGGACGGCGAUUGAAUGGGUGGUUGUUUAAGUAAGUAGUUGGGUGGGUUGGUUUGGUGGGUGAGUGUUUACACUAUGACUAGGCAAAGUAUGCUUUACAACAAAAAUUUUACGAGACUAUUGUUUGCUCGGCAAAAUAAAUUUUAAUGGUCUUCAAUGUACAAGUUACAACAUAUGAUAAUGAGCCUAACUGUACGUUAAUAUUUGAUUACAAAAUAAAAUGACUAACUGUUAAUAA